ACAGGGAGAUAAUAAUAGAAGGGACUCUGCCGGGCUGUGGGCACAGAGGCGGCCAAGCGUGGACGCGCUCAUCCGGGUGCGCCCACGAUCAGGUCUGUGAACACAGAGCCGGGCGGCUCUGUUCUCAGGAGAAAGUGUGCCUCCAGGCCAGCUCCUCACCGCAGCCUGCGGCCUCUGCAAGUGGCCCCAACGGACCGGGAGGACAGCAACUCACACAGGACGCAUAAGCAACACAGAUCCCAGCCACAGCUGUGACUGAGCCGUCGCGUGGACUGUCGUGGCAGUGGGAGCACCCACCGCUGGGAGGACCCCGUCAGCUGCCAUGGAGGAAGGCUCAUACGCAGACGUCUGGCAGCUUCGCAGAGGGCGGCGGCAGUGCUGCAGGCGCGGGACGCAGGUUGCGCUGUUGGGGCUGGUGACGGCCAUACUGUGGGCUGGGCUGCUGACCCUGCUUCUCCUGUGGCACCGGGACACCGUGCAGGGCCUGAGACAGCUGGAGGACAUCACUGCCCGGAACGUCUCUCAGGUUUCCAAGGACAUGGAAGGACAUAAGGGUGACCAGAUGGCCCAGAAAGCCCAGGUGGCCCAGGUGCUGCAGAACAUGGAGGAAAUGCAAGCAGAACAGAAGAGAAUGGAAAUUCAAGAGGCCCACAAGUUUGUCUGUGACCGCUGCCCCCGUCCAACCACCCAAGGGUUAAAUGAGAGACGCUCGGCCUUGAAUUCGUUGGAACGACUCCAGGAGGAGGUGGCAAAGCUGUGGAUAGAGCUCCGAGUGUCCAACGGCUCCCUGUGUAACACAUGCCCUGAGAAGUGGGUCGGUUUCCAGCGGAAGUGCUACUACUUCGGAGAGGGCGCCAAGCGGUGGAUCCAGGCACGGAACACCUGCAGGGGGCUCCGGGGGCGGCUGGUCAGCAUCCACAGCCAGGAGGAGCAGGACUUCCUGGCCACACACAGCAACAAGAAGGGCUCCUGGAUCGGCCUCCGGGACCUGCACACAGAGGGAGAAUUUGUCUGGAUGGACGAGAGCCCCCUGGACUAUAGCAACUGGCGGCCAGGGGAGCCCAACAACGGGGGCCAGGGCGAGGACUGCGUGAUGCUGCUGGGCUCCGGGCAGUGGAACGAUGCCUUCUGCAGCAGCUAUCUCUACGGCUGGGUAUGUGACCGGCUGGCCACCUGCUGACCGCCCGCCGGCCGCCUCGGUCCCCCAGACGUGGACCCUGACAGCCCCCUGCCUACCUGCCACAUGUGCCCCUCCUUGUGACCCCCCCCUCAAAUACGGGAACAGCUAGGGCCAAACUGGGACCCCGAGGACCCCAACCAAGGCCUGGGCGCCUCUUUCAUGGCUGAAGAGUCCUGCUGACAUCUCCUCCUGCCCCAAGGACAGUGACCCUUCCCCGGCUCCUGCCAGCUCCCCAGAGGGCCUGUCCCUCACCCCACAACCCAACCUGCUGUCACCACCUCCCUGCCUUCCAGUGCUCAGAGCUCCCCCAAGAACCCCUGCCCAUCAGCCUGAGUGCUGGGCGCUCCCUCCCGGAUGGGCACAGGUCCAGAGGUUCCAGCCCCACUCCCACUCAGCGGCCCAGGCAGCACCAGGCCCAGGCUUGGCCAUGGUCAGCCCAGCACCGAAGGCAGGAGGGAGGCAGGCCAGGCUCUGAGGCCACCCCUCCUUAAUGCCCCACCCCCAGUUCCUGGCCUAGAGAAGAGCCAGGCCCGCCCCUGGGACCCUCAGGUCCACUGGAGCAGGAGGACGAAUCAUGGCAGGUGCCCACACUGGACCACCUGGGACCCUGGGCGUCAAGGGCCAGACCAAGGUCCAGCCAUGACCCAGGGGCCUGGGGAGGGCACUCUAUUGGCACCUGGGAGUCCUGGGCUCAGGAGUAAGGGACACAGCUAGACCUUUGGCAUCCCAGAUCACCUUUUCUCUCUGCCUGCUGCCCACCUCCAAAUUGGUCUCCCCGGCCCCCUCCUCAGAAUGCUCCGUGUGGGAACUCAUGACUCCACUCUACCAGUCCCUCGGGCCAACAGUGGGGUCAUCCUCGCCGUCCCUUCCCUCCAAACCCAUAAGGAAAGCCAUGGGCUCUGCCAUGCAGCCAUAUUCAGAACCCGCCCACUUUUCACCCCCUCCUCGCUCCACCUGAACUGGUGUGGUCUCACUUUUCACUGUCCCAAACCUUCCAGAAGUUUCCUUCUAGCUCAGAGAAAAAGCCAAAGUCCUAAAGGACUUUGCCAUCGCAGAAUCCCUCCCAUGCACCUCACCUCCCCAGCUUCAUCUCCUCUCUCCUCCCACCAGCCCA